AUGCCGCUUAUCGUUGUCACCGGUCAUCCGAGCGCGGGAAAAUCGACGAUCGUCGAGCGACUAUGUCGAAAAUUUCAAGAAAAUUCGAAAAACGAGGUGCGAGUGAUAAGCGAGAACGAUUAUGGGAGUUUCUCGAGAAAUUGCUACGACAGUUCGAAUAAGGAAAAAGAUGUGCGAUCAUGGCUUCGCGGCGAAAUUCAGCAAAGUUUGUCAAAGAAUUUGGUUGUGAUUUGCGAUGGUCUCAAUUAUAUUAAAGGAUUCCGGUAUGAAUUGUUCCUGGCGGCGAAGAUGAGUAAGACGACGUACUGUGUUGUGCAGUGCACUCCAGAUGAGGAAACGUGCCGUUGGUUGAAUGAGCAGAAGCCGGAGAAUGAGAGGUAUACAAACGAGCAAAUAAGUCAACUUCUUAUGAGGUACGAGCGACCGGACACCAAAUUUCGAUGGGAGAAGCCAUUAUUCGACAUCAAAAUUGGAAAAUCUGAAAGCCAAAUUGACGAUAUUGAUGAUAUGUCGGUGAAUCUUGAGCAUCCGUCACCGCGAAACGCUCAAAUUUUCGACGACGAAAUUAUUGAUUGGAUAAUUAAUGGUGUUGAGCUCACCGAGAAUCAAUCGACGCAAGUUGUCCCACUAGCACCGGCCAACUUUCUUCAUGAGCUCGACCGAGCCACUCAAGACGUCGUCACGACGAUACUCAACGCUCAACGCACAUUGGUUCGCGGUCAGACCAUCAAAAUUCCGGGCGCGACGAGUAAUUCGGACACGAUAAAAUUCACAAAGCCGCGAACGCUACCAGAAUUGAAUCGAUUGAGGCAUCAAUUCAUGAACAUGUCGAAAAAAGAUCCGCUAACGGAUAAAACGAAAAUCACCUCAUUGUUCGUCGAUUUUCUCAAUAGCAAUCUUCGGUGA